CUCCCUUUCUCUCUUCAAUCUUUUUCUUCGCUGUCACACUCAGUCUCUUAAUUAAAGCCAAACAAACUUCGACAGCUUAGCUUGUUCCCAUCUGGGUUUUUUCUCCAAUGGCCGGUAAUGGCGGAUUUGACUGGGACCAAGGCACCACUACCAGUUUCUCUCAGUUGUUGUUCUCUGAUGAUGUCGUUUUGAGUCCUAAUAUAGACCACACUUUAACCAACUAUUCGUCUUCUUUGCCUUCUUCUGCUCAUGAAAAGUCUCCCAAAAUGCUUUGUUUUGGUAACCAUGGAGAAAAUUAUCAUAGUGAAAUAUUUGUGUAUGGCGGUAAGAGUAUUAUUACCAGAACUAAUCCUCCGAAAUCUGGUGUUACUUGCAGUGAUUCUUCUUCCGCUUCUUCUGGGAAUAACGGCAGUGCCAGCUCUACUCAAUAUUCCAAAUCUAAUGAAAGUAAAAAACGUAGUGGGUCUGGCAAAGAAUCAUUUCAAUGCUCAAGCACCAUAGUCACAACGCCAGCGACAACUCAGAAAACUAGUAAAAAGACGAAAGGAGAAAAUCUCCCAAAGGCGAGGAAAGAGAAGCUAGGAGGACGAAUCACGGCAUUGCAGCAGCUUGUUUCUCCUUUUGGCAAGACAGAUACGGCGUCGGUUCUGCAUGAAGCGAUGGGUUAUAUCCGAUUCCCGCACGAUCAGCUUCAGGUAAAUAAUACAUUAUAUGUACACACACAGGGUGGUGGAGAAAACGAAGGAGAUGAAGAAACACGGACGGACCUGAAGAGCAGGGGGCUAUGUCUGGUUCCAGUGGCGUGCAUUGUACACGUGUCGUACUCCGACGGGGCAGAUUUCUGGUCACCUGCGAUGGGAAACAAUGUUUCAUCAUUCACGAAGCAGCAGUGAAUUAUUCAACUCAAACGUUUUAACUUUCUACUAUACAUGGUCUUUGUUUCUUGGCAUUCUUGCCUUGAACGACCUGACAACUCAUGUUAAAUUUAGUUUGAAGACAAAAUGACAGAAAAGGAAGAUAAGAGAGUUCGCGCUUGGCUCUAGAGCUAAAAAGGGACAGAUACGGCAGUGAUAAUGUUAACGAUGAGUGAAAGGCGAUGUCGUUUUGGGUCGUUCUUCAAUUAAUGACUAUUUUCCACCA